CUAAUACAAAAAAUCAGAACACAAAGAGAGGUAAGAAGAGGAUAAGGUUUUAGUCUACAAGUUUGCCAAAUGUCACUACAAAUGCCACAUAUAUCUCCAACUAAUAUAUACAAAAAAAAUCAUAUACAAAAACAAAACGUUUAGUUGUUGGAAAUGGCAGCAAAACUCUGCAUUCCCUCUUCUUCGUUUAGCCACAGAACUAAUGAUUCCAUAACCUCAUCAUCUUCUUCAUAUUCAUCAUUGCUUGCUUUGCCUCAAUUCUUCUGUCCACCAUCUCCAUUAGGAUUCCCACAGUUCAAGCUUCACGCCAAGUUAGGUGGAGGAGAUGGAGAAGUGAAGCCUAAAGAUAAGAAGAAGUUCAUUACCAAAGAUGAAGAACCAGAACAGUUAGUUCAUCUUAAUUCUCAAUUUUUUCCAUCAUGAGAUUGUAGAAAAUAAACAGAAACUCAUUGGAUGGUAAUGUAAUUUUAGUCUCCUUUGCAGAAUUUAGAUUUUGUUUGGUAUGUGACAAUGACAUGUAGACUAGUGGUUUGUGUUAGUAUUGUAUCAAUACACGAACCAUAAAUUUGAUCGAAAAUAUUUGGUUUUUGUAAGUUAGUCAAAAGAAUCUUAAACUCUUGCAUGCACAUUUUUCAUAAACAUGCAAUAUUGUGACUGACGAAAUGGUUAUGGAUGAGAUUUGCAUUACAACUUUAUAGGUAUUGGCAAAGCGUUGGAGAAAGAGAAGGAGAGAAUCCGAUGAAGACGCCUCUUCCUUACAUUAUCAUCUUCGGUAUGUCAACGCCAUUCGUCAUCUUAGCCAUUGCUUUUGCCAAUGGUUGGAUCAAAGUUCCCAUUCGUUGAUAGCCUUUCUUUUUUGCUUCUGCUACACUUGUGUAAGGCUGAAUCUUAAACAUGUUUCUUAUACUCUUCUUCUUCGGCUGUAAAAAUAGCAAAAUUAAUAGAAUGGAUCAUAUGUUAUAUGGUGUUGUGCUAUAUGUCUUCAUUACAAACAAAUGUAUGAACAAACAUUGGUCAUCUCUCCAACAUUAGUGAUACGUUUGGUCUUGUCAAGAAGGAUGAGAAUUG